AUGGAAAGCGUUCGAAGCAAUUUGGGCCACGCCCAUGAUCGUGUUGGAGGCUCGUGGAGAGCACUCGGCAGGCUGCUACACAAGUGGUUGGAAGCGUAUCACGCGUUGUGGUGCGUCUUCUUGCCUGACGUAUUGGAGCUCAGCUGCAAGUCGACGGCCAAGUACUGGAAAGGAUCCAAGGCCGAGUGCAGACGGACGGUCGACCGUGCGAGCUGUGUGUGUCGAGGAUUCUGGGCGGUCGUGUCGUUGCUGGCUUAUGCCCUCUUCUACACCGUCGUGUUCGUGUACGACUUCGUGGAGCAAGUGUGCCAAGGAACGGUGGGGGUCGCAGUGCUCCUGCUGACGCUGAACUACAUAUUGGCUGAUGGAGGUCUGGUCGUCGGCGACGGACUCGUGCCCGACGAGACGGUAAUGCGGUGUAGUUGCUAUGUGGUGGCGACCUGCGUGGCCAGCCACUUGCUGAAAUGGUAUGAGGCGACUUCGGGUGGGCGUUCGCCCUUGAAGAUGGCCGAGGACCGCUACUCGCAAUGGCAGCAGGACUUGGAAGAGCUGGAGCAAGCUGAGCGCUUGAGCGAAGCGUUCUGGCGUGCGGACGGCUGCGUAGGCGAUAAGAAACCCGUGAGGACGCUCAGUGGGUUGCGCGCUGAACAGCGAGAACUGCGGGCCAAAAUGCAAACCGACAAGCUGGAAGCUGCUCGACGAGGACGUCGAGUUUCAGUCGGGGAGGAUGUCCCGAGUAGGAACGGUCACCACCGUUCCUACUACAUGGACGACCGUUCGACCAGCGAUCGACUUCUGGAGGAUCAGCUGUGGGACGAUGCGGUGAGUGGGCAGUCAUCCAUUUCGGAGGGGCGCUGA